AUGAGCCAUAUGGAACGCAUUGAUGGGUUGGCGUCAAGGCUAAAGGAUGGCGCUGACAUCGCUCAAAAUCUCUCAACAGUAUCAGAGAUAUGCGACAUUAUUGAGCCCAUAGGAUCUACGGCGGAAUACGAACACUUUUUGAAAACAAUCUUGACAGUAUUGGUGGAACUUUUGAAAUCAACGCCAAUGUCGCUCGAUGGUGGUUCCUCCCAACACAAACUCAGAAACUCAGUUUUGGAGGUUCUCAAUAGAUGUAAUAUGAAUGAAGUAUUCGAACCAUAUGCAUUGGACUAUCUGGAUACGAUACUGGCCGUCCUGAAGGACGACAGUGAGGAUAACGGGGUCUUGGCGAUGAAAAUAAUUACCGGGUUUUUCAAAGCGUACAAAGGUGCAUUACAGGAGCGCGUUACUGACUUCAUAGAUAUUAUUAUGAAGAUAUACGAGCAUAUGCCGGAACUCGUGCGCCAGACAUUCAAUGACGAACUCCAUAGAGAGAACUCAGUUGUUUCCGUGGAAUCCACAUCUAUGUUGAGGUCUGGAGGCCUGGAAACUAACAACGAAGACCCAAAAACCAGCGACUCCUUAGCGGCUACCCCCAGUCCCUUGAAGCAGUCCAUGUUUUCAUUCAAGGUAUUGUCAGAAUGUCCAAUCACAAUGGUCACAUUGUAUUCAUCUUACAAGCAGCUGACAACGAUGUCACUUCCUCAAUUCAUUCCAUUGAUCAUCGAGCUUCUUACCAUGGAGGCCGACGCACAGAAAAGGACUCGAGAAGAGGCGGAGUCACAAGGUAAGAGGUGGAUAAACGUUAGCCCCGAUAUCAAGGAUCGCACAGCCUACUGCGAUCUCAUUUUGUCUCAGAUUAAGGCAACCUCUUUUCUUGCGUAUGUUUUCAUUAGGGGCUACGCUGCCGAAUAUCUAAAGAAUUAUGUGGGUUUCGUACCUGAUCUAAUUCUAAGACUUUUACAAGAUUGCCCUGCAGAGCUUUCAGCAGCAAGAAAAGAACUACUUCACGCCACCAGACAUAUACUAUCCACAAGCUACAAAAAACUGUUUUUGUCGAAAAUCAAUCUCUUGUUUGAUGAAAAAGUUCUCAUAGGAAACGGGUUCACGUCGCGCGAGACUCUACGACCACUGGCUUACAGCACUGUGGCAGAUUUUGUACACAAUGUGCGAGCGGACUUGCAACUCGAUGACAUCGAAAAAACAAUAAAGAUGUACACCAACUUCCUCCUCGACGAAAGUUUAGCAUUAACUGUCCAAAUAAUGAGUGCUAAAUUACUGCUGAAUUUAGUAGAACGUAUUUUGAAGCUGGGGAAGGAAAACUCCAACGAUUCGGUGAGAUCAAAAAAACUACUUAUCGUGAUAAUAGACGCCUACACUUCACGCUUCAGUAAGCUGAACCGCCAAUAUGAUAACUUAAUGAGACAUCACGAAGAAUAUGAAAAAGAAAGAGCCUCUAAGACUGAAGCCGUCAGAGAACAACUAGAAAAUAAUAACAAGGACACCGAAGAAUUCCUUGAUAGGAUGUUGAAGGUUCAAACACCUGCAGCGCUUGAUAGGGAUUCUGAAGGUGACAUCAAGAUGAGUGACGCUUCUGAAGAAGAACAAUCGAAGAUAGUUCUCAAUGAAAACCACAGCUCCUCAAAGGAACAAACUAUUGACGUUUUUGAUAUAAAAAUUAAGAGCCCCAUUAUACUUUCUCCGCCUGCAACCAGCGAUCCUUUAAAAGACGCAUUCUACCUUUACCGGACACUCAUGUCUUUUUUGAAGACUAUCAUACACGAUCUCAAAGUUUUCAAUCCACCAUCUACCGAAUAUACCACUAUGAACCCUAAGGUUUGGACUUCAUUAUCGAGAAUAUUUUCUCACGAGGAGGUGGUUGUUUUCAAAAGGUUAUUUCAUGAAUGCAUAGUUGGAUUGCAAUUCUUCUCUAGCCCCGAGCGGAAGGCUAUUAUUGAGAAGAAACAUUUUGAUAUUGCAGCUCCUAGCCUACCAGUGUCAGCCACAAAAGAUGGACGGGAGUUAAUGGACUAUUUUGCUAUCAUGUUCAUGCAAAUUGACAGUCCAACAUUUAAUGACAUUGUAGAAUCAAAAAUCGAGUUUCUUUACGAGGCUAUGUUGCGUGAUUCAGCGUUACUUCACGUCGCCCAGUCGUUUUUAACAAGUGAGAUAACUUCUCCGAAGUUCACAGGUAUUUUGUUAAGGUUCCUGAGGCAAAAAUUGAGCUCAUUAGGAAAUGUCGACGGAAACAAGUCCAAUAUCCUCAUUCGAUUGUUUAAGCUUUCAUUCAUGUCUGUCAAUCUAUUUCCAGUAACGAAUGAGAUUGUUCUUCUGCCGCAUCUCAAUAAUCUGAUCCUAGACUCCUUAAAGUAUUCUACCACUACAGAGGAACCCCUAGUUUACCUCUAUUUGAUUAGAACACUGUUCAGAAGUAUUGGAGGCGGACGGUUUGAAAAUCUCUACCGAUCUAUCAAACCGAUUCUACAAGUGCUUCUCAGAUCUCUUAACGGCAUGAUCUUAACCGCGCGCCGUCCCCACGAAAGGGAUUUAUACGUUGAACUGUGUUUAACUGUGCCAGUACGUUUGAGUGUGCUUGCACCUUACCUAAGUUACCUCAUGAAACCGUUGGUGUAUGCCCUACAGGGCUUCCCUGAACUAGUUACCCAAGGGCUUAGGACCUUAGAACUUUGUAUCGACAACCUAACUGCUGAAUACUUUGAUCCAAUCAUCGAACCGGUGGUUGAGGAUGUCAUAAACUCUCUGUUCAAACUCCUGAAGCCGCAACCUUUUAAUCACCAGAUCAGUCAUACUGCUGUAAGAAUUUUGGGAAAGUUGGGUGGCAGAAAUAGACGCUUCUUAAAAAACCACUCGGACCUUAGAAGUGCUGACGAGCUGGACAUUCCAGUCAAUGCCUUAUUUAAAGUCCACGGCAUGAACCAAGAGGUGCCACUUUCAAUUACUCCGGGUGUACGCUCAGCUCUGGAAAUCUUAGAAGACUAUCGCUGCGAUCUGUUCUACAAAAAGAGCGCAUUCCGGUAUCUGAAGUCCAUUCUUCAAUUGUUCCUCAAGUCUUCCCUGGUAUUUCCUGAAAAUUAUGAGAAGUGGAUCCAAAGUGCUCUGCACGUUUUAGCUCAAGAGAAAUUCGAUAGCCUAGAAUCCACGGAUAUCAACGAAGGCAAGAUUCGUGAUCGCCGUCUUCUACAUAGUCAGGAGCAGUUAUUAAAGAAGCUUCUGGAAUCACUGAUAUUUUCAGCUUCUAUCCCAGAAUUACGAGACGAGGCCAGCGAUCUUCUACAGAAUGUCAUCAACCACUUCUGCUUCUUGCAGCUCAAUGAUUCGUUGAAUAAAAAACGAGCAGAGAAUAAGUCUUUCAGUAUCAACAUGAAACUUUUCAAGGUCACAAUUGAUGUCAACAUUUUGGCAGAUGCCAUUUUGACUUUCCUUGCUUCUUACUUAGAAGAAUCCCGCAAUAUGGCAGUCAGAGCAGUUAAGCAGAUAAUUGAUACCAGCAACAAGUUAUACGGACCGGAAUUAGCACUCCAUUAUUCGUUCAUUCCUAUUCUCACUAAAAAGUUUAUUCACAAAUGCUACGAUGAAGCACAUUUCGAGAAGAACAGUGGUGUUUUGGGGAUUAAAACUUUGAUUGAGGAAGAAAUGAUCCGUGUGGAAUAUUUGAAAAGCUCACAGUUUGAGCUAAUUGCAGGUCUACUUUUUGUUUUAAUUGAUACACCUCCAGAAGCCCCAGGUAUUAUCCGAGAGCGUGCGGAGUCUCUAAUAAUGAUAAUUUUGUCUAGGACCUGUAAGGACAUCGAUGAAGAAGAUUUGAAAACCAAAGGUCUACAAAAUACACUCAUCGAUAUUGUAUGCGAGUUAAGCAAUUCUAAGGAAGUGGUUCGAAGCACCUGCCAAAAGGCAUUGAAGGUAAUUUCUGAAAUCUCAGGUAUACCCAUUGUCAAGUUGAUGGAACACUCUAAAAAUUUCUUACUAUCACCAAUUUUUGCCAAACCAUUGAGAGCUCUACCCUUUCCUAUGCAAAUAGGUAACGUGGAUGCGAUAAUAUACUGCUUAGAGCUGCCAAACACCUUCCUCGAGUUUAACGAAGAGCUUUACAGACUCCUACAUGAGGCAAUAGCUCUCGUAGAUGCAGAAGACGAGUCGCUGGCAAGCGCCCAACGAGUCACGGAGUACCAGACUGCAGAGCAGCUAAUUCAAUUAAGAGUUGUGUGCAUUAGGCUUCUCUCCCUCGCUCUAAAAAACGGAGAUUUUGCUUCUGCGCAGCAGGGUGCCACUCGUAUCAGGGUGCUGGCAGUUUUCUUCAAAACUAUGCUCAAAACCCAACCAGAAAUCAUUGAAGCAACAUACCAGGGGCUUAAGAGUGUACUGGCAGAGAAUUCUAAGCUCCCCAAAGAGCUCUUGCAGAAUGGUCUCAAACCUAUGUUGAUGAAUUUAUCCGACCAUCAAAAAUUGACCGUUUCGGGGCUUGAAGCACUGGCCAAGUUGUUAGAGCUACUGAUUGCUUACUUCAAGGUCGAAAUCGGGAAAAAACUACUAGAUCACUUAGAUGCUUGGUGUAGAGUGGAGGUUUUGGAUAUGCUGUUUGGAAAGGAUUUAAAGGAACAAACUCCGACCAAGAUAAUCUAUGGAAUAAUUAACAUCUUUCACCUCUUACCUCCUCAGGCGGACAUUUUUCUGAACGACCUCCUCUUGAAAGUGAUGCUAGUUGAAAAAAAGUUAAGGCUUCAACUUGAUUCACCUUUCCGCAUUCCCAUGGCCAAGUAUUUAAACCGGUUUCAUGUUUCUGCUAUCUCAUAUUUCAAAAAUAACUUGGGGUCGAGAGAUUUGGUACUGUUAAUGUGCUCUAUUAUCAGAAGGCCGGAAGCAGUUGACCUAAAGAAUGCCUUCAGAGAAGAGUUCACCAAUUUUUACGAUUAUUACAUGACAGGAAUAUCAUCAAACAAGGUUAGAGUUGUCAGUUUUUUCGCAAACGUGGCUGAAAUUUUUGAUUCUCUCGUACAAGUUGAAGGAGCCAAGUGGUUGCAACAAAGCGGUCCUACAUUGGCAAAGGUGCGAUCUUUGCUAAAACUUGCCGUUGAUACCGUUCAAGAGGGUCAUUUUCAUUUCGAUUCACUCCAACUUUCGCAGGCGUCCGAGAAGAUUCAGAACUUAUAUGUGAAGUACUUGGAACUAAAUGUUGAUAAUCCUAGUUUGCUCUUUGAGCACCUGGAAUUCAUGUUUGCAGCAAACAUUGACCUCUCGGAAUCUCUUGCAGGCUUCCUCGAAAAAUGCGUGAUAACAUCUCCUGACGUAGACAGGACGAAGGCCUUUCUUCAGCAAGCUUUCCUUUUUUCCACUAGUGACAAGCCUCUGUCCGCUAGUGUCUUUGUUUUGAAGAAUAUUGUCAACAGCACACUUGUGUACGAAGGCUUGUCCAGGGGCUCUUUGAACAGACUAACUGAUGGUGAGGGUGAGAAUUUGCCUGAAUGGAUGAACAUAAUGUACUCUAGAAUUUGGAAGGGGUCUAAUGAGGUUUUAGAAAGCUAUGCGGCCGGAGAAUAUGACUCGUUCCGCUUCGAGAUUUUGCAGCUGUCAUCGAUUUUUACCGAGUACGCCCCGGAACUAAAUUCUGAGAUAAGGAAGGAUAUUAUUCGUUUUUGCUGGAAUUUCAUAAAACUCGAAGAUCCGUUACUGAAGCAAGGGGCAUACAUGGUCACGGCCUAUUUUAUUGCCAAAUACGAUUUUCCGAUCAAAGUAGUUACCCAAGUAUUUGUGGCGUUGUUACGAACUACACAGGUGGAAUCUCGCUUUAUGGUGAAACGUUCACUCGAUCUCCUUGCCCCUGUUAUGCAUGAAAAAAUGGCCGCUGCCGAAUCACCCAAGUCAUGGGUCAACUGGGUAAGGAGGGUACUUUCCGAGAAUAAUGCAAGCCAGAAUAGCACAUUAUUUCAACUUUUGAUCAGCCACCCCAAUGAAUUUUUUGACUCGCGAGAGCUUUUUAUCCCGAGUAUCAUUAAUUACAUUGGAAAACUUACACUUUUAGUUAACCCAAGCUUGGAAAACCAAGCGCUGGCUAUUGAUUUGGCAGAACUAAUUUUGAUCUGGGAGAAAAAGGCAAGGAAUAUCAAAUUAGACAGCGGUAUUUCAGUAAAACAAGAAAAUGGUGUGGAUACCAAAGAUGAUGGGCAGGCUAUAUCACCCAUUUUGAAAGAAGCCUUUGUCACUUGUCUCAUAAGAUAUGUUUGUGUGAGUAAUCACAGAGCAUCUGAAACUGAGUUAGGAUCAAGGACGUUGCACAUCCUUUCGGAAAUACUCUCAGAAAACUCCUGGCCGGAUGUAAGUGUCAAACUGAGUUACUUCGAGAAGUUUUUGGUACAACAAGACUUGACUCCGUCAAAUAUCUCAUUCUAUUGCAUGAACGCGCUAGACGUGCUAGGGAUAAUUCUUCGCAAUAAGAAUCCCUCUUGGAUUGUGUCGAACUUAACUUCUCUACAGACAUUGCUAGACAAGUGCAUGCGCACAGAUCAUCGAGAUAUUCAAGAGAUUUUACAAAUCGUUCUCGGGACGAUUCUAGCCGCUACGAAAUCGGAUAGCGACAUAAAUCUUGAUUCUGAUGUAGAAACUCCUGGUCGCAUACUGUUAGAUACAUUGGUUUCGAUAAUUACUGAAGACCUUCAAGGUACUUCAUCUGUAGCGGCAGGUGUGAUGUUGGCUUGGAGCUUGUUUAUGCAUUUCCCUCAGCAUCUCGAUCCGCUCUUGCCUUCCAUGAUGAAAACCUUCAGCAAACUAUGCAAAGACCAUUUGGCCACAUCACAACCCAAAGAUCCCGCUGCAGCAGAAGAGUCAAGGGUUACCACAAAGCUAUUAGAGAAGGUUCUUUAUCUUUUGUCUAUGAAGGUAGCUUCUUUGGGUGAUGCACGCCGUCCCUUUUUGUCUACUGUGGCAUUACUCAUUGAUCGAUCCAUGAACCAGCAAUUUCUAAGAAAAGUGAUCACAAUAGCCAGAACAUGGGUCUUUAACAAUGAAAUUUUUCCCACAGUGAAAGAAAAGGCCGCCAUUUUGACUAAGAUGCUUGCAUUCGAUGUCAGAGGUGAGCCAAAGCUUUCCCGGCAGUUUUAUGAAAUCAUUCUUGAACUGUUCGAAAAUAAAAACUUCAAUAACAGUGAAAUCACAGUCAGAAUGGAACAGCCAUUUUUAGUUGGAACCCGCAACAGCGACAUUCACAUCCGCAAGAGGCUAAUGGCAAUCCUUGAUGACAGCUUAGAGAAAGAUAUCAGGGAGAGAUUAUACUAUGUCAUUAGGGAUCAGAACUGGGAAUUCAUUGCAGAUUAUCCUUGGCUUAACCAAGCUCUUCAACUUCUUUAUGGGGCUUUUGAUAAGGAGCACUCUUUGAAUUUGUGUGACGUCUACCAGCUUAACUCUUUAGAUGCCCUCACCGAAAACUUUACAAUUGACAGUGAAAGCGAACUAGUACAAGUUGGCGAAGAUUUGUCCAGUCUUAUUGAGAGACAUGCGUCAUUUGCAGAGAAGUUCAGCAGAGUCUCCUGCGUUGACUUACUGGAGCCAUUGGUGGACAUUUUUUACCAGAGUCCCGAAGCCAUCCAUGCAACAUGGAUUAAUGUCUUUGGCGCUGCCUACAAGUCGAUUCCCAAGAAUGAAAAGUUCGGUUUCGCAAGGUCAUUAGUGACUCUACUCUCAAAGGAUUAUCAUGCAAGACAACUUAACGUCAGGUCGAACGUUGUAAGCACGCUUUUAGACUCGAUCAGCGAAAUUGACUCGUUAGAGCUUCCACCCCAUCUGAUCAAGUAUGUUGCCAGUUCUUAUAACUCUUGGUAUCAAUCUAUCAAGCUUCUUGAAUCUCUGGAAGAAAGGGCAUCUCUAGAAAACGCAAAAAUUAUUGAAACAAAUGAAGAUGCAUUGCUGGAGCUAUACGUCAAUCUACAGGAGGAAGAUAUGUUUUACGGUCUAUGGAGGCGGAGGGCAAAGUAUACCGAGACUAAUAUUGCGCUGUCGUUUGAGCAGGUAGGUUUAUGGGAUAAAGCUCAACAAUUGUAUGAAGCAGCCCAAGUGAAGGCGAGGAGUGGUGCCUUGCCGUACUCAGAUUCAGAGUACUCUGCAUGGGAGGACAAUUGGAUUAUGUGUGCCGAGAAGCUUCAACAUUGGGACGUUUUGACAGAAUUAGCAAAACAUGAAGGCUUUACAGAUCUAUUGCUAGAAUGUGGUUGGAGGGUUGCCGAUUGGAGUGCUGAUAGAGAAGCUUUGGAACAAUCAGUCAAAAGUGUAAUGGACGUGCCUACCCCUAGAAGACAAAUUUUUGAAACCUUUUUAGCGCUACAGAAUUUCGCUGAAACCAAGAAAGGUGAUCAAGAAGUAAGAAGACUUUGCGACGAAGGUAUUCAGUUGUCAUUGCACAAGUGGGCAUCGAUGCCAGCUCGAUUUACUCCGGCUCAUAAGUUUCUGUUGCAUGGCUUUCAGCAAUAUAUGGAAUUUCUUGAGGCAACUCAGGUAUAUGCAAACCUCGCUUCAACGACAGUACAAAAUUUGGAUUCAAAGGCACAAGAAGUUAAACGUGUAUUACAAACAUGGAGAGACCGUCUUCCUAACAUAUGGGACGACAUAAAUAUGUGGAAUGACCUAAUAACUUGGCGUCAGCAUGCUUUCCAGGUUAUAAAUAACGCUUAUCUGCCACUGGUACCAGCGUUACAACAAGCCAGUGGAAACAACAAUGUCAAUACGCACGCCUACAGAGGCUAUCAUGAGAUUGCUUGGGUCAUCAACAGAUUUGCGCAUGUGGCAAGAAAACAUAACAUGCCAGAUGUGUGCAUUAGUCAGUUGGCUCGCAUAUACACUUUGCCUAAUAUUGAGAUUCAGGAAGCAUUUUUGAAGUUAAGAGAGCAAGCUAAAUGUCAUUAUCAGAACAUGAAUGAGUUGACUACUGGCUUAGAUGUCAUUAGCAACACCAACUUGGUUUACUUCGGUACUGUUCAAAAGGCUGAGUUCUUUACUUUGAAGGGAAUGUUCUUAUCCAAACUGCGUGCACACGACGAAGCAAAUCAAGCAUUUGCAACGGCUGUGCAGAUAGAUUUGAAUUUGGCUAAAGCAUGGGCCCAAUGGGGUUUCUUCAACGACCGCCGCUUGUCCGAAGAGCCUCAAAAUAUAAGCUUCGCAAACAAUGCUAUUAGUUGUUAUCUGCAAGCUGCAGGUUUGUAUAACAACUCCAAGACCAGGAAGUUGUUAUGUCGAAUUUUAUGGCUCAUCGGUAUCGACGAUAGCACUGGCACGCUAUCAAGCGCGUUUGAAUCUUUCAGAGGAGAGAUCCCUGUUUGGUAUUGGAUCACUUUCAUCCCACAGCUUCUCACAUCAUUAUCCCACAAAGAAGCUAACAUGGUUCGUCAAAUACUAAUCAGGAUCGCCAAAAGCUAUCCACAAGCAUUACACUUUCAACUCAGAACUACGAAGGAAGAUUUUGCCGUGAUUCAACGUCAGACGUUGGCUGCCACGGGCGGUUCUCGCCCUGCAAACGCUAAAGCUGCAACACCGUCAAAUGGCACUAGACAGCCGUGGGAGUAUUUGGAUGAGCUCAACGGCAUAUUAAAAACUGCUUAUCCUCUACUCGCCCUUUCAUUGGAAUCACUAGUUGAUCAGAUAAAUCAAAAAUUCAAGACAACAUCAGACGAAGACCUCUUUAGGUUAAUCAAUGUGUUGCUCAUUGACGGUACCUACAAUUACAACCGCCUUUCUUUGCCUAGAGAAAAUCUGCUACUGCCAGCAAGCACUGAAAUGAACCUAGUCAGGUUUUCAGAAAACCUUUUACCUCCUCAUAUUAGAGUGAAAUUCAAUGCUGACUUUAUAGACAGCAAGCCCAACUUUGAAGAGUAUAUCAAAAGAUUGAGAUACUGGAGAAAUCGCUUAGAAAAUAAGCUAGACAGAGCACCAAAGAAAGAGAAUAUGGAAAAGUGGUGUCCACAUCUGAGUAACUUCCACCACCAAAAGUUCGAAGACAUUGAAAUUCCGGGCCAGUACCUACUUAACAAGGAUAGCAAUGCACACUUUGUUAAGAUUGCCCGCUUUUUGCCAUACGUUGAUUUCGUGCGGGGUACGCACUCUUCUUAUAGGCGUUUAACAAUCCGCGGUCACGAUGGUAGUCUACAUUCGUUUGCAGUGCAAUAUCCAGCUGUUAGGCAUUCACGGCGUGAGGAACGCAUGUUCCAGCUCUUUAGACUCCUAAAUGAAACUCUGUCUAAAAACGUACAGGCUCGGCGCAGAAACAUUCAAUUCACACUACCCAUCGCAAUUCCGCUCUCCCCUCAAGUUCGAAUUAUGAACGACAGCUCAACUGUUACGACCAUGCACAACCUUUAUGACAAUUACUGUGAUAAGAAAGAUAUGGACAGGAGCGCAAUUCAAGACUUUGUAUGCCAGCAGCUGGAUGCAGCUUAUGACAAAAUUCUUCCUCCGCCAGAUAUCACGGCAGUCAAAGUGGAGAUAUUUAGCUCCGUCCAGUCAAUGUUUUUACCUUCCACUGUGAUGAAAGACUAUUUCACUAAUAUCUUCACGCAGUUUGAAGACUUCUGGCUGUUCCGAAAGCAGUUCUCCUCUCAGUACGCGCUGUUUGCCUUUAUGACAUAUAUGCUGGCUAUUAACAACCGAUCUCCCCAUAAAAUAUCCAUUGAUCAAGUUUCUGGUGACGUUUUCACAUUAGAAAUGCUACCUGCAAGGUACCCAUAUGAAAGAGUUAAACAAACAGUCAAGAAUUUCGAGGCCAACAUUCCACCUGAUGCUCCAAUUUUCCACAACAAUGAAGCUGUUCCGUUCAGACUAACUCCCAAUCUCCAGAAGCUGAUUGGUGAAUCAGGUCUUGAGGGUAUAUUAUCUGUGAAUAUGUUUGUGGUGGCUAGGGCAUUACUUGAUCCAGAAAAUGAGCUAAAUACUUACCUAUCCCUCUUCAUUCGCGACGAGGUGAUAUCUUGGUAUAGUAACCUACACCGUUCAAUUGUUGAAGACCCUCAGCUACGUGAAAUUGUCCGCACUAAUGUCGAUCUCAUUACAAGAAAAACAGCCCAGCUAGGACAUUUGAGUUCCAAACCAUCCGUUGCUACGCAAUACGUUUUAGAUGCGAUAAGUGCGGCAGUGAGCCCAAGAAAUUUGGCUAAGAUGGAUCAGAGCUUCAUGCCAUAUUUCUGA